AUGGAUCACGAUGACCGAUCGCUCAAGUCGCCCAUCGAGGUUCUCGAGUUCUGGUUCACCGACGCGUACACCGACGCCGCGAAGAGGCACCUGCUGAACGACACGGCGUUCAUGGGGAAGAUGGCGGGCACGCUGUGGUACGCGGGAACGCGCGCGGACGCCUCGUGCAUGCGGUUCGUCUCCACCAUCGAGGCCGCCGCGGCCGGGACCAUCGAGGACGCCGACCCGCGAUGGAGGGACGAGCCCCACGCGAGCAUAGCGAAGGUGAUUUUGUUCGACCAGCUCACGCGCAACUGCUUCAGGGGUACCGACCGCGCGUUCUCGUGCGACCACAUGGCGCUGGAGCUCUCGCGGAGGAUGGCGCGCGACGACGCGCUGGUGGACAGCCUCCCCGGCGCGGUCCUUCACUUCAUCGGAUCGCCGUUUCUGCACAGCGAAUCGCUCGCCGACCACGACCUGAGUCUCGCGCUCAACGACGUCGUCAUGGCGAAAGACGAGGCGUGCGCCAACUUCGCCAGGCCGCACAUCAUCGCGCACAGGGACGUCGUCGCGAGGUUCGGACGGUUCCCGCACAGGAACAAAGCCAUGGGACGGACGAACACGGAGGAAGAAGCGGCGUGGCUGGCAUCCGACGAAGUACCGGGGUGGGCUCGGUCGCAGGGGUGA